UAUCAGAUGCCUCUGCACGUGUUCCCUGGGAAUAUGCCCUCGUGACAUGAAAAGACCAAAAGGGAUAAAUAUAAGAAAAUGGCAAAUACUUAAGUGCCCUCAUUGUAUACUACCCGACACUCAGCGGGGAAGGAACGGUGAACGUAGUUACCGCACGGUUUUGAACCGAAGAGGAACAGAAGGCGGGAAAAGCCACAAACUUUCCCACUUCCAGAUUCUCAUAGAGGAAGACGACAACUCAGGAAUGGAGGCAAAGAGACACACAUGCUUAAAGCUACAGCUUCCUAAUACCGGCGACCCCACAGAUGCUGAACCCAUAUUUGUGAAGGGUACUUGGUAUGAUACCCGCUUUGACCUCUCCAUAACAGAUGGCUUCAAUGCUUGGGUUUGUCAUGCGUCGGAGGAGGAGGUCAAAGAGCGGGCUACUCAGUGGGACCAGCCAGUGUCGGAGUAUGUGCGAUUGGCUGAGCAAUACUUAGGGUUUCAGCAACCUGACUCUAUAUACGGAUUCGCUGAUGCCGGUGAUGGGCAUAAAAGAUUGUCAUGGACAUUCGAGAAGGAAGGAACAAAGUUGCAGUGGAGAUGGAAAUGUCAGCAGUCUCCUAAUAGUAAGAAAACGACAGCGGAAAUACUGGACUUUCUCAUGGAUGCAAAUAUAACGCUUAGCGAAGAAGUUGUCAGAAAAACUGAAUCUUUUGAGAGGAUGAAAGUGGAAGCUGAGAAGUGUUUAUCCCAGAGUGAAAGAUUCGCCAACGAAAAAGUGGAAUUUGAAUCUGAAAUCUAUGCUAAGUUUCUAGAAGUCUUGAAUUCCAAGAAAGCGAAACUGAGAGAGCUUCGAGAUCAGAUCUCUAAAGGAAAAGCUACUGAAAAAUCUCCUCAGGAGCAAGACACAGACAAAACUGAAAGUUUUGAUGGUGAAAGCGAUGAAGAGGAUGCCCCUUUCAGUUCAAAGGAUGUUUCGGCAACCAAGCCGUCUCAAUCAAACCGAAAGAGAACUGCAAUGUCCACCUGAACUGACCAUUUUUCUCGUCAUUAGUUCCAUAUGUCAAUGGAUCCCUGUGUAUAUUGUCACUCUUCUCUACCAUAUCGAGCUUUAUAUGUCUUCUAUAAGAAGAAACUUACUAAGACCAUAUUGUACUAUGAAUGGUUAACACAUCUGGUUUCAUAUCCUAAGCAAAAGGUGUCAUCCAAUGACAUUCAAAA